AUGGAGCCCGAUGACCUCUACACGCAAGACUUCAUCAAACCCUUGGUCGAGAAAGCCAACUCCAAGUAUUUCCACUCCCCCCUGCCCUUUCUCGCGCCAAAUGGUUGGACGUAUACCCAUCCCUACGCCCAAGCACUGGAGGAUGCCCGGGCCGAGUUUCGUUCUCGAAAGAUUCCCAGCUUGAGUCCCAGCUCACGACGAUACGAUGAUGUCCGACUUCGACUCGUCGAUGGCCGCAUUCUCGUGACGGGAAACCUCUCCCGAUUAUAUCCCAAAAAGCAACCGCACUUGUUGUUCAUGAAGGAAAUGCUCGCCGCCCUGGACAAUACUGGUCUCCAUCGCAACKGAGUGAUCAGAAUGCUGUGGUGGCUACCUGAUACCUUCAAGAACAGAGUCUCCAUUUCUCCGCAAGUUCUGACGGGUAGGUCGAGCACGUCUGUGAUGAAUGCGCUCGCAGCAGACAUCACACAGGUCGUCGGUGUCGACACUUCAUCCACAAGACCACCGGCAAGCGGAACGAAAUCCGCCAUGUMAAAUUCCCGAGCGAGGAAUGCACAGAUUGAUGCUGAAAAUAAGCACCAAGUGACGCUGCGCAUGCACACUGCGGGCAUGUUCCUUCCCGAAGGCAGGCAGUCAUUGAACGCCCAACAAGAGACGUUUGGUGAGGAUGCAGAAGGAGAAGUAAGACCCAAGAAUCCAUUCAUCAUCCAACACCACACAGUUGAAGACGUCGGCAACGCCAUCUCGGAUUUUGAUGCACAUCUCGAUCGAAUUCGCGCCGCAUCCAAAGCCAAUUGGGACCAACCCGUGGUGGACAGUCUUAUAGAGGAAAUUGAGUAUCCACAAUGCCUCUCCGCCGCCAUCGCACACGCCCCAACACUCUCCCAACGCCAAGCCGAUCACCUCACAUCUCUCACUCAGCGGAAAGCGAUUUACCUCGACACCAUGCUCCGGAUGAUAAAUCUCGAAACACACGUCGUUGUGCUCCGCGAGAAGGGACUCUCCAUCACCGAACUGCAGUCCAGACUCCACAAACUCGACGAUGAAAUCACUCGGAAACUCAUGAAACCAGUUCAUGACAUGUGCAUAACCCUAGUAGAAGACCAACAGAUCCACUUCUCCUCCCCGCAGAACUUGAUGUACGAUAGAAGGACAUAUGAGCCUCUUCUCGCCUCGAGCUCAGAAUUCUGGCCCAAUGCACCCUUGGCUUUGUACGACUGCAUCCCCACAGACGCAGAUCUCGACGUCGAGGACAUUGCUCAGCGACAAGAAGGCUUGAAACUCGCCCACGAAUUAUCCAAAAUCCUCUACCAAUUAAAAGCAAGUCCUUUACCCGUCGCACUGGACCGAGCCGCUCCAAACGCCGCGCAGGACUUGAUCCCCAAAGUCCCAUGUCUGACGGACCCCCGGAGAGGAGGAAGAUUGGAUCCCAAAAAUGUCGUGAUGAGAAUGGUGAGCGAGCGGAUGUUUGAGGAAUUGGUCCGAGCUUGGUUCGAAUGGCCUUUUAAACCUGAAAGCUGGGAAUUGGAAUUAUCGGCGAUUGGAGAUCGCGUGCUGGUUGAUCCUACUGCAGAAUUGGGAAGUGGGACGAAGAUGUAG